AUGUCUAAUAGUUCAAAUUUUAUAGGAAUACAGUAUAAUUGUUUUCACAAAAGAAUUGUAACUAAGGAAAUAGAUUUAUCUUUCAAUUUCGUGAGCAAUAAUAAUUUUGAUAAUGACUAAAUUACAAGAAAUUAUUUUUCAAGAAUUAUGUCAAGAAGGAAUGGUACAAAAAGAAUUGACACUCAGGAAUCAUCAAUGAAUAUAAGAAAGAAUUUAAGAUUUCCUACCUUAGAAUCAAAAUAAAAUAUAAAGAAGACUGAAAUUGGAAAAAGUAUUGUCUUCUAACUUUAACCAAUUCAAAUGUAACUAAAAAUCUGUAAUGUAAAACCCCCUGAAGCAUUUACAUUAGAAGAGCUGUAAGAUUAGAAAAGAGCUUAUUGUUUAAAAUAAUAUCGAAAGUAUCAAUAAUAAAGAUUAUUUCAAUAAUUAAUUUUAAAAAAUUAAAGUAUAAAAGAAACUAUCUAAACAUGGAUAUAAUCCUAAAAAAAAAUGAGUGAUAUCUAACAGAAUUAAGUUUGUUGA